UCUAGUGGCGACAACACGGAGUAGUCAAUUGUUGCAUUGGAGUUCGUUUUCGCCGCUGGCCGUUUUACCGUGUAGUAAAAAAAAAAACAAAAUGCUGUCUGCUGUGAUGUCAAAUGUAAAGCUUGCGUCAUCCCGAGACAAAAUACGCCCCAAUUGAGCGACAGCGUCAAAUGUUAGCCGGUCAGUUGACAGACUGACGCCGUGGAACAAGCAGUCAAGAUGGACACCGCAGAGGAAGCAGAUAUUUGUCGAGUGUGUCGGUCAGAGGGAACCCAUGACAAACCACUCUAUCAUCCCUGUGUCUGCACUGGCAGCAUCAAGUUUAUCCAUCAGGAAUGCUUGCUGCAGUGGCUUAAACACAGCAGGAAAGAAUACUGUGAAUUAUGCAAACACAGGUUUGCAUUUACACCAAUAUACUCUCCAGACAUGCCUUCUCAUCUGCCUGUCCAAGACAUAUUUUCAGGGCUGGUCACCAGUGUUGGAACAGCCAUCAGAUACUGGUUUCACUACACACUGGUGGCCUUCGCCUGGCUUGGUGUGGUGCCUCUCACAGCAUGUCGUAUCUACAAAUGUUUAUUUACUGGCUCUGUGAGCUCUCUUCUUACCCUUCCACUAGAUAUGCUCUCAACACAAAACCUGCUUGCAGAUUGCCUGCAGGGCUGUUUUGUGGUCACUUGCACACUAUGCGCCUUUAUUAGCCUGGUGUGGCUUCGAGAGCAGAUCGUCCAUGGUGGUGCCCCUCAGUGGUUGGACCAGAAUCCACCACCUUUGGUUCCCAACCACCCAAAUGACCCAGUACCAGCCAAUGAGCAUCCUGACGGUAUUGCUGCUGCUGUCAACAUUCAGGCGGGCAUGAACGCUGCCGCGGACCAGAACCCUGCUGGUCCACAUGAGCCAGUACCUCCUAACCCACAUGAGGAUGUGGCUGCACUUGAUGAUGAUGAUGAUGAUGAUGAUGGUGAAGAUGAAGAUGUGGAGGAAGAUGAGGAUGACGAGGAAGUCAGAUUGGGGGAUGCUGCCAACGCUAUUAAUGGAGGUCAAGCAGACCUAAACUGGAAUGCUCUGGAGUGGGACCGUGCUGCAGAGGAGCUGACAUGGGAAAGGAUGCUUGGCCUGGAUGGCUCCCUUGUAUUCUUGGAACAUGUCUUCUGGGUCGUGUCAAUCAACACACUCUUCAUCCUGGUCUUUGCUUUUUGCCCUUAUCACAUUGGCCAUUUAUCAAUGGUAGGACUUGGUUUCGAGGAACAGAUUGAAGCUUCACACUUUGAAGGUCUCAUCACCACCGUAGUGGGUUACAUCAUCCUGGCCGUAGCUCUCAUCAUCUGCCAUGCGUUGGCUUCGUUAGUGAAAUUCCAGCGCUCCAAACGUCUUCUGGGUGUCUGCUACAUUGUUGUCAAGGUGUCUUUGCUGGUUGUCAUGGAGAUAGGCGUAUUUCCGUUGAUUUGUGGCUGGUGGCUGGACCUUUGUUCGCUGGAGAUGUUUGACGCAACCUUCAAAGAUAGGGAGCAGAGUUUCGACUCAUCCCCGGGUACCACCAUCUUCCUCCACUGGCUGGUUGGCAUGGUCUACGUCUUCUACUUUGCCUCUUUCAUCCUGUUGCUCAGGGAAGUUCUCCGACCUGGUGUGCUGUGGUUCUUGAGGAACCUGAACGAUCCAGACUUUAACCCAGUUCAAGAAAUGAUCCACCUUCCUAUUUACAGGCACCUCAGAAGGUUUUUACUGUCUGUGGUGGUGUUUGGUUCCAUUGUUCUCCUGAUGCUUUGGCUUCCUAUUAGGAUCAUUAAACAUUUAUUUCCCACCUUCCUACCCUACAAUGUCAUGCUUUACAGUGAUGCUCCUGUCAGUGAGCUGUCAUUGGAGCUGCUUUUGCUUCAGGUUGUCCUUCCGGCAUUGUUGGAGCAGGGUCACACUCGCCAGUGGCUCAAAGGACUCGUCCACGCCUGGACUUAUACUGUUAGCUACGUGCUGGACCUGCACUCCUAUUUGCUGGGAGAUCUGGAAGAUAAUGACAAUCAACCUAACAUCCCUCCUGGUCACCAUGACAACAACCAGAUCCCUGACCUCGGUGAGGGGCUUCAUGCAGCCCAUCAGGCCAUCUUGCAGCAGGGUGGCCCAGUGGGUUUCCGGCCAUACCAUCAGCCCCUCAACUUCCCCGUUAAGAUAAUUCUGCUGGUUAUUUUAAUGUGUGUCACGCUGCUGCUGGCAAGUCUGUUCUGCCUCACACUACCUGUGUGCGUGGGUCGCUGGCUAAUGUCGUUCUGGAUGGGGAGCGCCAUGGUUCACGAGCUGUACACAGCAGCCAGUGGCCUCUAUGUUUGCUGGCUGUCCAUUCGAGGUGCUACCGUGUUGCUAUCCUGGAUGCCGCAGGGAUGGACCGCCAUCAUGCUUAAAGCCCAUGAGUGGACCCUCAUGAUUGUGAAGACUGUGGUAGUUGCAACACUCCUAGCCGGAGUGAUUCCUCUGCUUUUGGGUCUCCUGUUUGAGCAGGUCAUUGUGGCUCCUCUCAGAGUCCCAUUAGACCAGACCCCGCUCUUCUACCCCUGUCAGGACUGGGCCCUGGGUGUCCUCCAUUCUAAAAUCAUUGCUGCUGUCACACUGAUGGGCCCUCAGUGGUGGCUCAAGACUGUAAUUGAGCAGGUGUAUGCUAACGGUAUCAGAAACAUUGACCUUCACUUCAUUGUGAGGAAACUAGCUGCCCCAGUUGUCUGCAUCCUGCUGCUGGCUCUAUGUGUCCCCUACACAAUCUCAAAAGGCAUAACACCUCUGCUGGAUGUGCAGUCGGAGAUGCAGACACUUGCAGAGAGGAGGAUCUAUCCAUUCCUACUCAUGGUGGUUUCAUUGUUGGCAAUUCUGUCCUUCCAAAUACGCCAGUUCAAACAUCUGUACGAGCACAUCAAGAAUGACAAGUACCUGGUUGGACAGCGACUGGUCAACUAUGAACGCAAGGCAGGAACGAAUUUAUCCACCACUUACAGCACCUCUUCAUAGACCUGACUCUUGUGUUGGAUCAGUAGCUCACUCUCCGGUACCGAGAGCUAACAGUAACACCAGCUACUGUGGUAAAACUCCCUCUGCUCGACUGCCUGAUGCAACCUUUAAAAACGCUUUUGUCAAAGUAAGGUGAGGUUUAGGUCUGUGUUGUUGGUACCCAGGCUGCAAAAACUUGUCAGAAUCAAUGAUGAGUGCCAAACUUAAUAGUCCAUUGUUCGCAGUCGAGUAGUUUCUUUUUUUUAUUUACUGCAUGUACUGAGAGUCAACAAUCUUUCUGUUGAUAGAUGGCCUCUCCCAAUCCCCUUACAGUUGUGAUUUGUACUUUGUUACCCUCAAAUUGUGCUUUCUUUUUCUCUUAACUAGUCCAACUCUAUGCCUCUGACAUUGCAACUAUGCUGAGCAGAGAGAGAGGGACAGAUUUUUCUGUUCAUCCUUCCUAGUAGUCAGCUUGUGAUUUAUCCAGAGGGAACUAUAUUGUGGAACUAAUGAUUUUACAUUUGUUUUUUAUCAUUUUUACCCCAGUUGAAGAUUGAAUUUCAGUGACAAAAGGAAAAUAUGGACAGACUGGAACAUGUUUUAAAGGGCAGCACACAGAAUGUUAACAUUAUAUUGACAAGUACAACUUGACACUGGUUAUUUUUAUUCUUCACUGGUUAUUUUUAGUCUUUAAAAAAUAUGCUGCUAUGAAGUGUAUACAGUACUGACUGCAUAUAUGCUUGUAACAUGGAUUUUGUUUUUCAGUUGAAAAUGUGCAAAAACACUGAAUAGUACAGAAAAUAAAAAUAAUUUUUUGUUA